AUGGCGUGUCGGGUUGCAAGCGAGCUCCGAUUCCAUGUCAAUAUACCCCGGUUUGCCGAGAUAUUAUCCAUUCACUUGAAACAUCGGUUGGGUACGGAGGCAGGAUGGAGUCGGAGCAGGUUAGCGAGGUGACGGAUAGUAAAACAGAGGCGGAAUCGGGAAUAAAAGUGAAAACGGAGCCUCCGGAUGAGAUUAAGGAUUACGCCGAAGAUACGAUGAAUGAACUCCUCGGUUUAUAUGGGUAUGGGAAACUUGAUCAUGAAGAAACCGAGCGGUUAAAACUACAGAAGUACACAGAAUCCGAGAAGAAGAAACGCAAUGCAUCUGACGAUGAUGAUGAUGAUGAUGAUGAUGAUGAUGAUGAUGACUUUGAUAUUGAGGUUGACGGGAGUGAUGAUGAUGAUAUGGAUGAUGAUGACCUCGAUUUACAUGACGAACGGGAGGAUGGUGAUAGUGAUGGACCGUACGUGAGGAAGACACGAAGUCCAGGCUCCGAGGUGAGUGAGACGUCGCUUGCCUCCCAGUAUCAGACGAUCGCCUCCGCACUCAAAGAUGGAACUAAACCUUUAGAUAAACCCAACAGUUCAGGGAAAACCCCCGCCCAGUGCGCCUGGUGCCAAAAACCUGGGUCGAAACAGUACCAGUUGAAAACUCCGUCAGGCAACAAGACAUUCUGUAGUGAAGUCUGCUUCACACAGUGCAGACGCGCUUCAUUCAAACGGAAUAAGAUCUGUGACUGGUGCAAACAUGUUCGGCACACGGUCAACUACGUCGAUUUCCAAGAUGGCGAACAACAAUUGCAGUUCUGCAGCGACAAGUGCUUGAAUCAGUACAAGAUGAACAUCUUCUGUAAAGAGACACAGGAGCACCUGCAACAGAUCCGCGUUGAUCCAAAGGGUCCGCCGAAGGGACCCAAUAACCAAAUUCUGAUUACCCCUGAAUUAUGGAUGCACCCUGAUAGUAGCUCGAGUGAUAAACCGCUGGACCUGCAGUCGAAAGGUGCUGAGAAACCUCCUGGUAGUCCAAUAAGUGAUUCUGGAUCUGAAGAUGGUGAGAAAGGUGAUAUUGAAAAAACGGAGCGUAUCAGUAUCCGUAUCCCUGCUGAUGAUGUGAAGGUGUCUAGCGCUGAUUCGAGUCAUGGACGCAGUAACCAGCGGAAACCGUGCUACCCGAAACAGAUUUCCAUUUCACCAAACUCAUCGUCCUCUCAGAUGUCGGCAACGCCAAGUUUAGCCGGGUCUUUGUCACCAGUUGUUUCAAGGUCGACUGACUCGUUGAGCCUGUCACCCAGGCGGGACUCUUCUGGACCAACUCACAGCACCCACGUGGCUCAUGGAAUCAUGCCAAUCAUAUUGCCAAAGCAUACGUCUGUGCCUGUGAAGAAUAUUCAAAGCAGCCGGAGCACAGAAACACGAGAGAGAGGGCACUCGCCUUCAGGGACCAGCCCAGGACAAGCAAGACCUAAUUCACGUCCAGUCAGCUCUGCUGCACCUUCAGCACCCCCUGCUCAUCCUCACCCACACUUUCAACCACCUCCAGGCCUGAUGCCGCCUCUUCACCUUCUACCCCCUCACAUGAUGCCUCUCCUUCCUCCCCCUCCUCCUUACAUCCCCGGUGCUGGACCCAUCCCACCACUCACCCCUCCUGUUACUAUCCUAGUCCCCAUCCCCAUACCCAUACCCAUACCUAUACCGAUACCCAUACCAGUACCAGUGCCUCCAGGCUUCAUGAAAUUCUUUGAGAAAAAGGAGCCUGCUACCCCAGACCCUAAACCGUCGGCUGUUCCAUCUCGCAGCAGCAGUAACUCAUCAAACCAUACCAACCAUAACAGCCAACUAGAACUUAAACUUAAGACUGAAGGUCAUCAGGAUGAAGGUCAGGGUAAUCAAGAAGGUCGAGGUCAUCACCAUGAAGGUCGUGGGCAUCAGGAUAAAGGUCAGGGUCCUCACCGAGAAGGACAAGGCCACUGUGAAGAUCGGAGUCAUCAAGACGAACGUCGAGGUAAUCAUCGUGAAAGUCAGGGUCGUCAGCAUGAAGGUCAGCGAGAAGGUCGGGGUCAUCUAGAUGAAGGUCAGGGUCAUCACCAUGAGGGGCGUGUAAAUCAUCGUGAAGGUCAAGGACAUCGUCGUGAAAGUCCUGGUAAUCAUCGUGGACGUGAAGGUCAUCGUCAUGACAAUGGAAAAGAAGCUGUUACAAAUAAUCUGAGCCAUUUGUGUAAAGAAUCUGUGAAGGAGAACAUUAAACGUGAGCGCCAGUCACCUGACAGAGAUUGUAUCUAUUGUGCAUCAUGUCAGUCGGGUCAAAACCACGAACGGGUUCUUUGUACUGCUAAUAAGAGGUCACCACGACCUUGGAGUUCACCGUCAAGUUAUUCAAUAUCAGUGACGCCAACUCUAGCGAUUUCACCACAUGGUAAUCUAAUGACGUCAAUGAGUAUGGACGCUGAUCUGGAAGGGGUCGCCAUCGACCUGUCGACAGACAAAUCUAAAAAUAAACACACUGCCUUACGAAAGCUUACGCCACCACCAUUGUCCUCACCGCAUAGCAAUGGUUCAUCUGAUGGAGCACUGCCACUGACACCAAAAAUAAACAUUGCAGUUGCCAAGCUUCCGCCACUAGCUAGUCAGGUGACCAGUUCAAACAAUGUGCCACUCACCCCAGAUUCAGGUAACCCAUAUUCAUCGCGGAGAGGGCGGAUCUUAGACUCACCGAAUGCACCAAUUGGAAAGAAGCGUAGUCCUUCACCAGAGACACAUAGGUCACGUGGCCUCUUAGACUAUAAACGCCGAUGUUUGCGAACUAGGAUUAAGACAAAGUAGUCGCAGAUGAUGUUGUGGAUUAUUUUAGAUAUGUUGGUGUUUCAGUUUGUGAUCUUCUCGUCUUAAUCAAGUUGUGAAUCUGAUGAGUUUGUAAAUAUUGUGAUUCAUUUGAAAAUUGAAAGUCGCUAAACAUUUAUGAUGAAGAUAGAUUUAAACCAGUGAAUCUGAAUAAUCAGUAUAGACUCUUUCUAUAAAGGACACCCUUUUGAUGCUGUCAUUAAAAGAGAGGUGUCCUGAUUACAGAGGUCAGACUGAAGGCAAAUGACCAAUUCUCCUCCUUCCCGAUUAGCACACAUGGCAGUGGAGCGACUGCAAACUCGGCCAGGGUCCGCCGCUGUUAACAAUAGUGUCAUGUUACAGUUUUAGUGGCCUGAUGUGGCCCCAACUCACCAAUGUUUAGCCACUCCACCACCAGGUGUGCUGAUUUGAAAGAAGAAGGUUUCAGCGUUGUUACAGAGUGAUUUAAGAGAUGUUGUCGCGACGUUGUCCAGGAUUGUUGGAGACAAUGAGUAGUCGCUAGGAACAGUAGCUGCAGGAAGUAACUUUCCAGUUUGUGAUGCUUGUAAAGUGUAUAUUUAGAACCUAUUUGUGUUCACUGACGGAUUAAUUUAGUUAUAUCUGGUGAAGUGUGUUGUCACGGAUAUUUUUAACUUUUAUAUUCUACACAUGCUGAUUAUGAAUAAAAGUAACACAGAGUUGGGCCCUGAUACUGGUCAAUGAGAAAUAGAAGGAGUAACACAGGGUUGGCCCCUGAUGCUGGUCAAUGAGAAAUAGAUGGAGUAACACAGGGUUGGCUUCUAAAAGACAAGAGAAUGUUGACGCAGUGACCUACAGCUAUUAUUGCUGUGAUUGGCAAUAAAGAGAUCUCUUGCGGUUAAAACAAGUUGGCCUAAUCGCUUUGUUGGAUAUUAAUUGCAAGUUAAAGCAAUGACUGAUCCUUGUUGCCGGCUCCUGCGAUGACCCCCCCCCCACAUGCAAACAUGCAAUAAACAUCGCAGGAUGCAGCAACAAUCUCUUGUUUUUCGUUUGCCUCAAUUUGAUCUUCACUUUGAUCUUAUGUUGAGUCUUAUCCAAGACUUGACAACUGCCUGGUUUCCCUCUGAGUGAUAUUUCAAACAAAAUGGAUGAAAACUAUAAAACACUAACAGUCGUGCCCAACAUAAAGGGACAGACUCCUGCUGAAUCUUCUACUUCCAUUGAGUUGAAGAGCUUUGGUAAAAUACAAUUCGUACAGCUGCUAAAACAAGUGACAUUUGACACUGAAGUGCAUUUGUAAAUAGCUCACUUUAAAUUCUAUGAAUUAAUUAAAUUUGUUUGACUGAUAGUGCAUCAAACUUUCUUUCUUUUUGCUGUUAUUGUUGUUGAUGUAAGUUGUUUACUUUGAGACCAGGAAAAGUGUUUUGUCUCAUUAGGGAUUCUAGACCGGGAUUUUUAUAAAACCACAGACGAUUUGAUAAGCUCCACAGAACUCUUUCUAUCUCUAACUGUUUAUCAUUGUUCUAUAAUUGUUUAUCCAGCGAAAUACAACAUUUAAUUCAUUGUUCAGUUUAUUGAAGGUAUUUUUGGAGAGCUAAUACAAUCACAUUGAAGUUGUUCAUGACGGUUUGGAUAACUCAGAUUCAUUUGUAUUGGAAUUUCAAAUGUAUUUGAAUGAAUCUGAUUUAUUGAGAUACAGCCCCUUACAAAAAUGUCACACUUGUCAAAUUACACUUAUUUCAUCGAUGUAAGUCAUCAUUUUGCAUGUGGGAAACACAUCCAUGUGUAAAAUAUUCACCAGUGUGAAUGUAUCUAUCAAGCUUGCAAAAUAUUUUUUUACACCUUUAACAGGCAAAUCUCACAUGCCAAGACAAGUAGUGUGUAAAGUGAUCAGAACUUCACACAAUACGAAUAAAAGAUUUCAACGGGUGACAUUUUUGUAAGGAAUAGAUGGUUGAUGAAGUGCAUAUUGUCCUCUGGUUGGUACCUUAAAUACUUCCAUAGCCAGGCCUUCAACUGGGAAGUUUGACUUGACAACUAAAGUCUUUACACUUCUACUCCUAGGGUGCCAGAUAUAAAGUUUAAGAACUUUACUUCUGGCCAUCACUGUAUAGUAAACAAUAUUUCUGCACAUAACUAGCUGGGACUGUGCUGAUGAACACUAGAUACUUCCACACCUAUCGCUAUUAAAAAAGAUAAUGUCGCUAGAAAGUGUGAUGCAAGGGGAUGAAUUCUUGUAACCAGAUAACGUUCUUUGAGAAAUGUACCUUUAACCCUUUACUUCUGCCACUGCUGUUUAUAAACAUUUCAACAGAAUUGGAUUUAUCAAUGUUUCACACAAGUCGUUGGGAGUAUCUCACUAACUCUCACCAUAACAGUACCGAUAUCAUGUUUAUCUUUUUGUCUUGCUAUGCUUGGAACAUGGGUCCAAACUUUGUCCUACCUUAAUGGCAUUAAAUAUUCUGUCCUCAAUGUCAUAACCUAACUAUCAUCAGCUCAACUCGAGGGGGCGUAUCUGAUUUGUCCUCGUACCAUCUGAAGUAAACAGUUGACUGGGUCCAGUCUCUGUAAACGUUAGUGGCAAGUGCCAGCCUCAGCUCAACUAGGCCCUAUCUCCUUCAGUAAGUUUCGUCUACAAUAGCAGCGUCAGCACACCAACAUUGCUGCUGGCCACGCCCAGGUCUUAACACCCAAAAGAACCGGACCAAUCAAACAUGGUCCUUUUUACUCUCCUCAUAAACUUCCUGCCAAAUGCUUGUUAUUCAUCAUUAUAUCAACUACAUGUAUUGUCUGAUGACAGACAAAGCAUCCUCUGUUUCUGUCACCACUGAUUACAUAAACCAACUAACGACAGCCUAGAAUGUGAUUCCCCUAUAACCACUUUCAUCGUAAAGGGUCACUAUGGACAUAGUCACUGUUGGACUGCAGCAGCCUGACUUUUGUCGUUCACUGAGGCUGGAUGUCCAACAUCUGAACACAUGUUCUACAUGAAACCACUUACUGGGAAUAGACCUCCAGUAACAAUUGACCCGCCCGAUCUUUUGUGAGAAGUGACAUAGAGGGGUUAUAGUGCAUAACACCGAUCUAUACUUUGUGUGAGAAAAGAUCAGGUGUGUACGCUGUUGCUGGAAAUCUAUUCCCCACACAAUACGGUUAUGGGCACGUUGUGAUGGCUGAGCGGUCUAUAACAUGAGUUGACCAAGUAACCUGGAUGACAAUACGGUUAUGGGCACGUUGUGAUGGCUGAGCGGUCUAUAACACGAGUUGACCAAGUCACCUGCAUGACAAUACGGUUAUGGGCACGUUGUGAUGGCUGAGCGGUCUAUAACACGAGUUGACCAAGUCACCUGCAUGACAAUACGGUUAUGGGCACGUUGUGAUGGCUGAGCGGUCUAUAACACGAGUUGACCAACUCACCUGGAUGAUAGUUGGUCUGGGGAGGUUGCCUGUAGGAACAAAGGAUGUGACACUUCCACCUCAGUCUAAACCACUUCCUGCCAAUUUCACAGAAGUACACUUAUACAGAAAAGUAUAUUUUGCUGAAGUUCUGUUCCAUAGGCCAAGGAUACUACUAUGAAUUGGCUGGUUGCUGUGAAGACUUGGUGACCUUGCCUUCAUCUAUGUGGUUGCUGGGAACCUUACAGUUUUGACGUAAUGAAGAUAUCCUGUUAUUGUUGACGAGUAACUUUAUGUAUAGAUGGCAUAGAACAAGAUAACUAUUGUAAAAAACAAAAUGUAUAAAAUAGAUAUAUUAUUAUAUUUUUGUAAUAUAUUUG